GACAUUUUGUCAAAAAAAUCAUUUCGCAAUUCGUGCUUGGCGUCAUUAUUAUGUUGAGAUUUUUAUAAUGGUUCUCUAAGUAAUUAAAAGUUCAAGCUCAAAGUUGAUAGAAUAGAAUAGUGUUGAGAUAUCAACUAUGCCUUCGAUCGACGUGUUGCCCCCGCCGGGAAUGCCCAUGGAGCCCCCGCCUGAGGAGCCCCAAGCUCCCCCUCCGCCAGUCAUUGGCAUUAUUUAUCCUCCACCAGAAGUGAGGAAUAUUGUUGACAAGACCGCAAGCUUCGUAGCUCGUAAUGGACCAGAGUUUGAAGCCCGUAUCCGACAGAAUGAGCUCGGGAAUCCAAAGUUCAACUUCCUCAACUCUGGAGACCCGUACCAUGCUUACUACCAACAUAAGGUCAAGGAGAUCAGGGAGGGAAAGGGACCAGACCCAGGUGCUCCAGCCCUCAUAGGAGUUCCAGCAAUCCAGAGGCCUGGUCUAGCACCAGCUACAGCUGCCCGUCAACAGGAACUACUGAAAGCUGCCGCACCGACUGAGCCGCCGCCACCACGCGACCCCCCACCAGAUUUCGAGUUCAUUGCAGACCCACCCUCUAUCUCAGCUCUAGAGCUUGACAUUGUCAAACUUACUGCUCAAUUCGUCGCUAGAAAUGGACGCCAGUUCCUCACAGAUUUGAUGAAGAAGGAGGAGAGAAACCACCAGUUUGAUUUCCUUCGUCCCCAGCACUCGCUGUUCCAAUACUUCACGCGUUUGUUAGAGCAGUAUACAAAGGUUCUGUUGCCUCCAAAGGAAUUGGUUUCCAAGCUCGCAGCUGAAGUUCGCAGUGGGGUGUUAGAGCAAGCUCGCAGCAGAGCCGCCUGGCAUUCUCACCAGGCGCGACGCAAGGCCGCUGAUGAGGCCAAGAUAGAGAAGGAACGUUUAGCGUACGCAUCUAUUGAUUGGCAUGACUUCGUCGUCGUCGAAACUGUAGAUUACCCAGCAGGAGAGCCUGGAGAGUUCCCACCUCCUACCACUCCUCUUGAAGUAGGAGCGCGAGUGCUCGCACAAGAGAGAGGCGAGGAUAUCACACAUGGCAAUGAGGAUGACGAUACAGAGAUGCAGUUGGAAUCCGAGUCAGAAUCGGAGUCUGAUGACGGGCUAGCUGAGAUGGAGGACCGCACGCAGCAACAACAGCGUCCUGACGACAACCGCGUGCAAGACAUGGAGGAAGACAGCUCAUCAUCUGAUGAUGAAGGUCCUCCGGAGUCUGGGCCACGAGCACCGGGUGACGAGGCACCUCUGCCACCGCGUGCAGACCGCGUCGUCGUUAAGAAGUACGAUCCCAAACGUGCGCGACCACAACCAACUCCAGCUUCAGAGGAAUGGCUGGUGUCUCCUAUCACUGGAGAGAAGAUUCCUGCGAACAAGGUAGCGGAUCACGUGCGCAUUGGAUUGUUGGACCCGCGCUGGUUGGAGCAGCGUGACCGCGCCGCCGCAGAGCGCACUGAUCGGGACGAAGCACUCGCUCCUGGGGCUGCUAUCGAGGCUUCACUUAAACAGCUCGCAGAACGUCGUACGGAUAUUUUCGGUGUGGGUGACGAGGAAACCGCCAUCGGUAAGAAGAUUGGUGAGGAGGAGCGUCGCCGCGAUGACCGCGUGACGUGGGACGGUCACACCUCCAGCGUGGAGGCUGCCACCAGGGCUGCGCGUGCGCACAUCACGCUUGAAGACCAGAUUCAGCAGAUACACAAGGUUAAAGGCCUCCUUCCCGACGAAGAGAAAGAGAAGAUCGGUCCUAAACCAGUGGGUCCAUCGGGCGUGACUCGCGCAGCCCCGCCCCGCCUGGUGCCGGCACCGCCCCCGCGUCCUCCGCCCCCCGCCGCCCCCGCUCCGCCCGCCCCGCAGCCGGUGCUGCUGCAACCGCUGCCGUCGCUGAUGGUGCUGCCGCCGAUGGCUCCGCGCCCGCCGUUGAUACCGACCCCGGUUGGUGCUGUUACCGCGGUCGGCGCUGUUGGUGCUGUAGGCGCAGUAGCAGCGGGCGGGUUCCCGUUCGGCGUGGUGGAGGAGGAGGAAGGCCCGGCCGCCAAGCGAGCCCGCACCGAGGACGCGCUCGAGCCCGAGCACUCUUGGCUCGCCAGGCAUCCCGGACCCGUGCCGCUACAGGUGGCGCUGCCGUCGCUCCCCGAGCGCGCGGAGUGGCGGCUGGACGGCCGGGCGCUGGCGCUGAGCGUGGCGCUGUCCAGCUCCGUGGCCGAGCUCAAGAACCUGCUGCAGCGCUCCACCAACAUGCCCACUGCCAAGCAGAAGCUGCACUACGAGGGCCUGUUCUUCAAAGACACGAACACAUUGGCAUACUACAACGUGCCUCCCGGCGCCGUCAUACACCUGCAGGUCAAGGAGCGCGGUGGACGCAAGAAGUAGAUGCACGAACCAACAUCUUCCCAUAUAUAUUACAUCAAUUUAUAUCGUGUGUGAAAAAACGGCUGCUUAUUACGAUAUUAUUGUAGGUGUCUGACAUUCUUCUUGAUUAUUAUAGUGAAUUGUAAGCUAAUUAAUGAAAUAAAUACCUAGAAUAUAA